AUGGGUAAUUAUUUAAACCUUUAUUAUGGCGAUUUUACUACAUAUUGCAAAAUGGAAACUCCGCAGAUUGAAAGCAUCACGAUAGAGAAGGAGAUUAAAGGAUUUAGAAGAUUACUUAGAAAGUUCAAGGCUGCGGUUCUUCCUAUUCCAUCGGGAAAAAGUAAAGUAACAAAUAAAAAGAGAUCAGUCUCGGUCACGAUUCCGAAUUCAAACCAAAAUGGGAUGAUGGCUAAAGACGAGCAAAUAGUUAAGGUGACAGCGAUCGAGGAACCAAUUGAAAAUUCAUCAGCAAAGAAGAAUAUCAUAGUUGGUGAUCAAGACAAAUCUUCAGCAACCAACGGUUCUCCAUUUUUGGAACCAAUGAAAGCCUUUCCCUUGCUGAACAGUCAUGAUAUAAUCAUUCCUUUAAAUACCGAUUCAUUCACUUGUCCUCAAUGUCACACUCCUCAUUCGGUUCAUUAUGUCAAGGAGGAUACAGAACAAGGUCAAUCGAAGGAAAUUUACAUCUGUUUGUCACACGGCAACCACGGUUGCGGGUGGGAAGGCACCAAGGAACCAAAUGAGGACGACAUUCAUGCACAUAUCACUGCCACCCUUGGCUUCAGGCCAUUGAGGCUUAAUUAA